AACUCAUGUAACAGAAAUAGAAGGUCAGAAACGUCGUAAUCAAAACAAACUGAAUACAAAUUUGGCAGAAAAUUUAAUUUUUUGUUUUUUCAAUCAGCUUCGAGAAAUGAGAUUAAAAUUUUCUAUUUUUAUAAGUCUAUGAAGAAUGGACCUCAUUUAAGAAAUCUAUCGUCUCUUGGGAAUUCCUUUAAAGAACAUUAAGCAGUAUGGUAUGCUUUUGAUGAAGCUAUAUGCUUGGAAUGGACACCAGAUGAAUAUAUACCAGAUUUUUUUUACGAUCUCAGAAAGCUCUCGUGUAUCUGAACGACUUCAUCACUGGAUUGAUUUAACUCUUGGUUAUAAAUGGUCUCUGAAACAAAUGGAUUUGUUUUUGGUUUUUUUUUGCCCUCCCCCAUCUAUCUAUCUACUUGGAGAUGGUUGGAGGAAAAAACAGGAGCAAAUAGUUCGAGAUGGUGAAAGUGAGCAAGGCUCUCAAUUAUGCGCUUUCAUUGGGAUUGGAAAUUCUGAUCAAGAAAUGCAACAGUUAGAUUUCAAUGGCAAAGCAAGUACUCAUUGUGUAAAAACUUAAGUCUUUUUAUUUAUUGAUUUACUUUUCUUUUUUAAUGUAUAUUUUAUAAAAUUUACAUCAUGCUGCUUUUCAUUUUUCUUAAAUUUAAGUAAAAUUUUUAAAACAAAUAGAAUGUUGGCACAACUUUUAUCAGAACUUAAAAACAAGGCAAUAAGUCUAGCUGAUUCUUAAUAUAACUUUUUAAAUUAUUUCAAGUAUUGGUGGAGAAAAACUUAACCUUUUUGUUACCAAGCAAAAAGUAACAGUUUUCAAAUUCAAUGAAAAUUUAUGAAUAGAAAUUUAUAAAUUAUCAGCAUAUAGAAUUGAAAGAUUGUCUGCUUGCUUAUUUUUAAUAUCAUUUAACAUUUAUUUAACUUAGUAUUAUUAACGAACAUUGAUGUUGAUCAGGUUCAUUCGUGGAUCAUCUAGUUCAGUAAAAUAAAUAUUUGUGAAUUGUAUUUAUUGAAAUAUUUAAUGAACAGGAAAUUUUUUCCUGUGAUAUUGUGAUACUGUGUGUGAUAAACUGAAGUGAAUAAUCCACUCACAGUUAAAGAGGAGUUUAGUGUAUAGUAAAAUAAUUAUUAUAGGGUAAAUUUUGAAUGAAAACAUUGAAUAAGAAAGAGCAAAAAACACAAUUUCUUUAUUAUCACUAUUGUGUAAAAAUGUUGUUUCUAAUGUCACUUGCCACACGAGCAAGCCUGUUGGGUGAAACCGUGCAAAUUUAAGGCAGAGCUGUGUAAAAAUUGUUCACAUGAUUCAAAAACACAAAUAAUUUUAACAGAAUUGAUAUCAUUAUUUUUUUCAUUCCAUUUAAAUUUGAAGAAAUCUUUAAGUUAAAAGAAAAAUGGUAUUGAUUUCUAUUUCAUUUAUGCACUGAUUUUGCUCUAGAUGUUGGAAAAUUCUGUUGAUUUCAUGGUAUUUUGUGUAGUUAAAAAAUUUUACUUAUUUAUUAUAAACCAUGAUCUUAUUUCGCAUUGAAUAAUUUUGUUAAUUGAAUACUGUUCUAUUCAAAGUUUCAAGGGGUAUUUGUAACGUUGUUAACUGUUUUAAUAAAUUACGUAAAAUAUUAAACAAAUUUGUCUUAGACAAUUCGAAGCAAGUUUCUGGAAAUUCAAGAAUUUAAAAAUUUUUUUUGAUGUUUGAAAAUAAUUCAAUUUUUAAAAUCAUCCUUCACUCUUGUUUUGCAUUAAGGGACUUUAGAAUUAAUAAUUUUAUUAUUUUCUCUAAUAUAUUAUAUUAUUAUUAUUAUUUUUUUUUUUUGAAGAUUGUUAGGGAAAAAACAUAUUUUUAAUGGUAUUUUUUGCUUUAUUUCUAUGAUAAAACAACUAAAUUUCAUUGUAUUUAAUGCAUUAGUUACUGAGCAUUAAAACUCCUAACACUUGUUAUAUUUGGAUAUCUUAGUAAACUGAAAAUAAUAAUAACAUUUUAUUAUUAUUGAUUCCUGAUAUUUAUUCCGAAGUUUGUUAUAUUCUAAUGUUUUUUA